UGGUGCAGAGUCGGGCGUUGUUAGAGAUCGAAGCGUCUGCCAUUUUGAUUAGGGUAUUUUGGGCGCAAUAAAGGAUCCGGUGCUCUUAUCAAGACAAAUCAUCAAAUAUACUGGACACGAGGACUUAGUAUUGUCCAAAAUGCUCUCCGCAGCCCAGUUACUCGAUGAGUUAAUGGGCCGGGACAGAAACUUGGCUCCGGAUGAGAAGAGGUCUAACGUGCGCUGGGACGACGAGAGCGUCUGUCGAUAUUAUUUGUGUGGAUUCUGUCCAGCUGAACUUUUCACAAACACCCGGUCGGAUUUGGGUCCCUGUGAGAAAAUCCAUGAUGAAAAUCUUAGGAAAACGUAUGAGAAAAGCUCUCGGUAUCUCAAGGAAGGUUAUGAGAGAGACUUCCUGCGUUAUCUCCAGUCGCUCCUCGCUGAGGUGGAGCGGCGAAUUCGCAGAGGGCAUGCACGGCUCGCACUCUCUCAAGCUCAACAGAGUGCUGGGGUAUGUGCUUUGGACUUUGUAUCACUGUACCUCAUGUACAGUCAAAUUACAUUGUGUGAUGUAUUUGCACAGGCACCUCCUCCCGCUGGAAAGAAUGAGGAAAAGAUCUCAGUCCUAACAGAGAAGAUUGAGGACUUGGUGUUACAGAUUGAGGAGCUGGGGUCAGAGGGCAAAGUGGAGGAGGCCCAGGGAAUGAUGAAGCUUGUGGAGCAGCUGAAAGAUGAGCGAGAGCUGCUCAGCUCAACCCCCUCGACCAUCGAGAGCUUUGCUGCGCAGGAGAAACAAAUGGAAGUGUGUGAGGUGUGUGGGGCCUUCCUAAUUGUGGGGGAUGCCCAAUCUCGAGUGGAUGAUCACCUAAUGGGCAAACAGCACAUGGGCUAUGCAAAGAUCAAGUCCACUGUGGAGGAGCUUAAGGAAAAACUACGUCGACGCUCUGAGGACCCCCAAGGUGAAAACCCAGUGGUCAGGAGGGACCGUGAAGACCGAGAGCGAGAGAGGGAGGAGAGGGAAAAGAAGCGCAAAGAGGAGGAAGAGAAGGAAAAAGAGCGAGAGAAGGAAAAGGAACGGGAGCGAGAGCGAGACAGAGAGAGGGAUAGAGACAGAAGAGCACGACGAAGCCACUCCCACAGCCGGCACUCAAGCCGCACCUCUGACCGAGAGCGCAAGAGGAGCCGCUCCAGAGAGCGCCGCAAGUCCAGGAGCAGAGAGCGUGACAGGGAGCGCAAACGAAGCAGGAGCCGAGACAGGGACAGAAGGCGCAGUCGCGAUCGCGAUCGCUCAGACAAAAAGCGGCGCUCUCGCAGUCGUGAGCGGAGGAGGUCCCGCAGCUCAGAGCGUAAAUCUCACCGGCACCGUAGCCGCAGUAAAGACAGGGAAAGGGAAAGAGACAAAGGCAGGGACAGAGAAAAGGACAGGGACAAGGACAGGGACAGAGACAGGGACAAGGAGCGCUCGUCUAAGGACAAAGACCGUAAAGACACUGAUGAGAAGAGCAGCUCCAAGAAAGACAAACCCUUGGACAAUGGUGCACCCGCCAUCAAGGCUUCAGUCGAAGCGGAACCAAUGGAGACUGAGGCUCCUGCCUCUGACUCCUCCCCUCGGCUUAACGGCCAACCAGAGCUCGUCCAAUCUGAAGGUGACACUCAGUCCAAUUAAAACUGAUCUGAUAGGACCUCAGAUCAGGCUCAGGGGAAGCUGGAGUGUCCGGAAGAAGAAUGCCCAAAGCUCUGCCCCCCUCGCCCUGAGCCUGACACUGCGCUUCUUAAACACAAGGUGAACCACAAAUGUGUAGUGGCUUAUUUCAGACCCAGUCCAAUAUGUACAAAUGAUGUUGAUGUUGAUGAUGAGAGAAAAGCAGUCAUUAUUUUUUUUUAAGUUCCCUUUUUGGCUCCACGAGGAUAGUUGUGGUUCAUCUGUUGUGCUUCUUAAUCCGACAGCUACCUACCAGAGAAAUAGCCUUUUUUGUUUUGUUGUUGACGCUACACCAUCCUUGUUUCUUGGCAUUUAGUGGAAUUGGAAUAAAAAGUGUUUGUGGUUUGUUUUGAGAUGUCAGGCUUCAUGUCCCUCACAGUGAAGCGUUUGUAUAAUGUUUAAGACCAGAGCAGGAUGUGGUUCCCAUCUCCAGGCUCCCCUUACUGUAUAGAAUUAAAGAACUCAAAAUAUGACCGAAGAUUACAAUUCUGCUGCUUUUAAUGUCUUUGGUGUCUUGAUGAAUAAAAAAGUAAAAAUCUUG